UGACUUGUUCUGUGGCCUGAUCUGAGUGGACUGAGUGAUCUGUGGAUGAUCAGGAAGAGCCAUUGGACAGCUAAGAGCUACCAGUACAUCGAUGCUGGUCACAGCCAACAGCCAUACUUGGGACCCCAUCAUCGGCUGCUCUACUUUUUUCCGUUGCAUGGAGCGGGCGUGAUUUUACAGAGACUUAAUCGCUAUUUGAAUACCAAAGCUGGAGAAGUGACCUCGGUUGAUGUAUAUAGCUUUGAGUGCAACUCCACCUGAAAUGAAUGCCAACAGUAUGCCUAAACAAGUGGAGGUGAGGAUGCACGAGAGUCACCUGGAGCCAAUAGAGGCCCGGCCUCAAUCCAAAUGUGCCAAUCUCUGCUCCAAGUUGUUCAAGAACCUUCUGCUCACACUCACCGUCCUUGGUGUGAUCUUAGGAGCAGUGUCAGGGAUGUUGCUUCGUGUUGCCUCCCCAAUUCACCCAGACAUAAUCAUGGUCAUUGCCUUUCCUGGAGAUAUCCUCAUGAGAAUGCUGAAGAUGUUGAUCCUGCCUCUUAUCAUCUCCAGUUUAAUCACAGGAUUGGCUGGUUUGGAUGCCAAAUCUAGUGGUCGUCUGGGUACCAGAGCAAUGGUCUACUACAUGACCACCACUAUUAUUGCUGCCAUCUUGGGAGUCAUCCUGGUGUUGGUCAUCCACCCUGGAAACCCCAAACUGAAAGAGAAUCUUGGACAGGGAGAGAAGAAUGAUGACGUGUCCAGUUUGGAUGCCUUCUUUGAUCUGAUCCGGAACCUGUUCCCAGAGAACCUGGUGCAGGCUUGUUUCCAACAGAUCCAGACGGUGACAAAGAAGGUGGAAGUGGUUAUCGAGGAAGAUGUCAAUGCCACCACUAUGGAGGGCCUGUUGGCAAAUAUUACCAAGGAACCUCAGUUUGUCACUAAAAAGUCCCUGCAGUUCAAGAGUGGAAUGAAUGUCCUGGGUCUGAUUGGUUUCUUUAUUGCAUUUGGCAUCUGCAUGGGCAAGAUGGGAGAGAGGGCCAGAUUGAUGAUUGAGUUUUUCAACAUUCUCAAUGAGAUUGUAAUGAAACUUGUCAUCAUGAUCAUGUGGUAUUCUCCCUUUGGUAUCGCCUGCCUGAUCUGUGGUAAGAUCAUCUCGAUAAAGGACUUGGAAGUGGUGGCCAAGCAACUGGGAAUGUAUAUGGUCACUGUGAUUGUUGGCCUCAUCAUUCAUGGGGCAAUCUUCCUGCCAAGUAUCUAUUUUAUAAUCGUCAGGAAAAACCCUUUCAAAUUCUUUUUGGGUAUCUUCCAGGCCUGGAUCACUGCCCUGGGCACUGCAUCAAGUGCCGGCACAUUGCCUGUUACUUUCCGCUGUCUGGAGGAGAAUUUAGGAAUUGACAAGAGAGUCACUCGUUUCGUGCUCCCAGUCGGUGCCACCAUCAACAUGGAUGGAACCGCUCUGUAUGAGGCUGUGGCUGCCAUCUUCAUUGCCCAGAUGAACGGUGUCCACCUGGACCCCGGUCAGAUUGUGACUGUUAGUCUCACAGCCACUCUGGCCAGUGUUGGGGCGGCCAGUAUUCCCAGUGCUGGACUGGUGACCAUGCUCUUGAUCUUGACUGCUGUGGGUCUGCCAACACAGGACAUCAGUCUGCUAGUUGCUGUUGACUGGCUUCUGGAUCGGUUCAGGACCUCUGUGAAUGUGGUCGGGGACUCGUACGGUGCAGGCAUCGUGUACCACAUGUCCAAGGCGGAACUUGAAGAGCUGGAUGCGCACACGGCUAAAUCAGACGACAUUGAAAUGACAAAGACCCCGUCGUAUUACGACGACAUGAAGAACCACCACGAAAACAAUUCCAACCAGUGCGUCUUAACGCCUACCGCAAAUGUUAACAAUUCUGUCGUGGUAGAUGAGUGCAAGGUAACCUCAGCCACAAACGGCUCUGCUGCGGAGUGCACGCUUGUUGAGGAGGAACCAUGGAAACAUGACUAAUGGCAGUGCAGACAGAGAUCCCCUGCUUCUGGGCUCCACAAGCUUUCCUUUCUGGUGAUGGAAAACAAAAGUGUGAAUGAAAAAGAAAAUCUCAUCUGAACAGAACUACUAAUGUUUAUUACGUUGACUAGUUUUCUUUAGUAUUAGUCCCUUUAAGGUUCUCUUUGUAACUGUCUCUGACUGAUAAAUACUACUAAUUCACUUAACUGUGAAAAGGCAACAGCGCUACACGCUUCCUGUUAGAGCACAAUUAUGUCUUUAAUAUCAGACUCUUGCACAACAUAAUUUGACGCUGAAGGAGGGAAGGAACAUUCAAUACCACAUACUAUUGCCAGCAAUACAUUCUGCUUCCACUUGAAGCGUCUCAGAUGAUUAUUGUUACUAGAGUAGCGACAACUUCCUCACUUUCCUUCCAUUCCAGUGGCAUCAUAAGCACACCUGCUAAGAUCACAUUUAUUUUUAGUCUCAGAAUGACCUUGGCUACAUAUAUACCUAUUAUUUUUGCCAGAAGUGAUGAAAGGGUUUUGGAGCAGGUUAUGCUGAGCCUUAUAGCACAAUAUUCACUAUGGAGCAUUAAAGCACAAAUCAAACCAUGAAGACAAAACUUUAAGCCACCAUGUAUGUGUUUUCUUUUUAAUUCACUACAACUUAGGAAAGGGAUUUUUUUUUCUUGUUUAUGAUUAAAAAUAAAUAUAUCCCGUGCUUGUGUUUGUGCGUGUGUGCGUAUGAGCGUGUGAGCAUUCAAAAGAAUAGCAUAUGACAAAGUCAGUUACUGGGACCAAACAGGCAGGAAAAAUUACACUAUAAAAGUAUUGGAACUGCCACAAUCAAACAGAGAGCAGUAUUCAUAGACAUAAUCUCAAAUUCCAAUGAAAUGUCACAGAGAGCAUAGCACUGUCCUAAAUGAUAAAAUGACACCAAUGACAUUAAAGUGAAAUUUGGAUUGACGAUGAAGAAUUGGCUCAUCUGAAGCUAUUAUGGCACAAACGCUUAAUGAGCACAAAGCGAAUUGCACAAAAAAAGCUAAUGAACCAUCGACUUCAAUUGCCACUAAGCGGCGCGUUGAUAUUUAUGCAAAUACAUUACCCCAAGUCCAAAAGAAAACUGGAGAUUCUCAGGCCUUAAUGUCAAAAGAAGACAUUUGCAGGAAUCCUAAUGUUUACUUCUUCACUUGAGCUAUUCCCUUCGAGAAAUGCCGUCUUAAUCGCACAUCCAAAUCUUGACUACGACAAUGUGCAAAGGCUUUUGGCACAAAUGUUUUUUAAGUACAUUCCAGUUAGUUGGCGGAUAAGUUACCUGUGCAAAGGGCCCGAUAAGUUUUGAUGAAACACAGACAGAUGAGAGAAAGUGCAGCCAAUGGAUGUCAGAUGGGACUGUUGACAUCCACAAACAGAGACAAAGCAUAGAUAUUUAUACUCAUCCUUAAGGAGCCGCAGAAGAUUCUUGUUUUGCCAGAUGUACAAAGGCAAACAAUUCCGUAUUUUUAGCCACCAGAGCCCAAGACUGUUUCAACAAACCCUCAAUGCUGCAGCUGAGUGCCCUUAUCCAUUAUUUCACUCAACAGAACAUUGGCCACACAUUCAUUCACUUUUUACCCAAAUCAGGUCAUUUAGGUCUCUCAAACAAGCAGCAAGACAAAUGGACGAAUGUGUGUCUUUAUUCCGUAUGAGUGAGAAUUCUGGGAUUGUGUCGUUCUCUCCUGUCUUGUUUCACUUCAUUUAUGCUUAACGACAACCCGCCCUUGAAGAAGUCUGCGUGGUACUGAUCAAAAAAGCAGCACAAUGCAUGUUGAAGUAAAAAUAGAAAAGCUAACGACAUAGUAUAUAUUGAACCACUGGGUUAAGUCGGCCGGGUUCCUGAAUUACACGCUCACAAUUAAUCCAUCGUGGUGGGCUUCCAUACGCCACAAUGCAUAUACACAUUUGCGUAUAAUGAUGUCCAUACACACCGUCAAGGUGGCAAAAUACUGAACAGCACAAUGCUGAUGCCCUAACAGGUCCUUCCGUUUUGACCUUUUGGUCUUGUUACUUUCAGGAACAAAGUUUCUCCGCUAAGGAGGCCAUGAUCACGAUCAUGAUGAAAGUCGGACCACAUUUAUGUUCAAAUUAUUUUAGAAGCAUGAAUAAAAUGAAAUGAAAAAGAUUUCUUUUUUGCACCACUAUCUUAAAAGCAUGAUAUUUGAAGUGCCUCCUUGCACUUUUGUGUAUAUAUUAUAGUCAACGGUGUUUUGUUGUUGGUGUCGUAAUUUGUUUUCAUCCUUUUUUUCCCCCUUUGGGGAAUGAUGAAAUGGUUUGUAGGAAAACGGUUUUAUUGCUGUUACAUUCUAAAUGUAAUCCUCUAGAAGAUAUAUCAUCUAUGUCCUGAGUAGAGCUAGAUUAGACAAAAUGGAUAGGCAGGAAAUUGUGUAUUAAAUUGCUUGUUUAUUCUUUUUUUUUAUCCUCUAAUAAUUAGGUGCUUUACUUAUCUGUCACUCAACAAUAUACAGUAUAAAUAUCUUUUUUUGUAUCUAAUGUAAGCCUUUUGAAUGUUUGUUCCAUGACAAUAUAAGCAGUGUUCAUUCAUUGUCAUUGUACAUAAAUAGAUAUAUAAAUGUUCUGACCCAUGACAAUGGUAAAUAUCCUCAAGCGACAUUUUUAUGAGGGCAGAGGGUGGAAAAAAAAGAAAGCCGUGAACACGAGAAAGCAAGAGAAAUUGUUUUUAAAAAGGGCCAACAUAACUUCAUAUGGUGGAAACUAUGAGAAAAGAGGCAGAAAAGAAAAUGUUGUCCGUACGUAGGCUAGGGUGAAGAAUUAAAUGGCGCCAAGUAGUUAAGUGAAUAAUUCGAAGACAUUUGCAAACAUCACUCCACAAUUUUGAGCAACAUUCCUCAGGUGAAUCAUUGUGUCUGUUUACUGGCGAGGACUGGCCUUUUCUCAUCUACAGUAUGGCAUCAUGUAAAACCGGAUGCUUUGAUAGUAACAUAUCAUGUAUCUAUAGAUUGCUUUCAGGUUCUUUGUUAAAGUGCCACACCACGCCGCCGCCUACAAAUCCCAUAGUAAACCUGCCUUUACCCGCUUGCCUUCUUUCACUUUCUACGCAAAUGCACAAUAUGCACAAAAACCCACCUGGAACUUGCUGAAACCUAAAAAGGAAACAAUAUUGCUAGUAAAUAUAUCUCCACUCUUUUCUACUGAAACAAGUAACAUCCAUGGAAUUAUAAUAACUAGGAAGUCACCUUCCUGAUUUUACUUUUCUGGGCAUUCACUGCUUUGUCAAGUGUUUGCUUUUAUUUUGAUGUAAAGGCAGAAAGUUCAUAUGAGGGUGACAUUGAGAAAAAGGGGAAAAAAAGUAUAUGAAUCAUUUCCUUAUGGUGGUAUACAUAAAAAAUAUCUGUUUCUACAUAUCUAAAUGUGUUGUACCUUUGGUGUACAUAUACAAAUAUAACUA